AUGCAGGGCCAAGUGGUCAACAACGUCAAGGCCCCCUUCCACAUGGGCCAUAACCCUCUUUUCCCCAAGAUGCACGCCCCGAGCGUGUCGGAGAGUUGUGUGGUGUUAUUGUUUAUAGUGGGGGUUACGUUUGGAGGGGGCUUCGCAACUUCCGCUCUCACCAUGGCUGAGGAUGGGGACGACUGGUACGAAGGUCUCGAGAAACCGGACUGGACACCCCCUAACUCUGUGUUUGGUCCUGUUUGGGCUGCACUUUACCUCCUCAUGUCCUUUGCAGCGUUCUUGGUGUGGAGAAGGGGAGGUUUCAUGAAGCAAGCGUUACCUCUCUCGCUCUACACAAUACAGCUGGUGGCUAACUUCUCCUGGGUCUUCAUCUACUUGGAAGCUAGAGACCUGCUGGCAGCGUUUAUAGAGCUGUGCUGUUUAUGGGUACUGAUAAUAAUAACUGCUGUUCUCUUUGGUAGAGUCCGUAAGAGCGCAGCGUUCCUGCUUGCACCGUACAUAGCCUGGGUAGCGUUUGCUGGAUCUCUAAACUUAGAACUGUGGCUUUUAAACAAAGAUAACGAAGAAAGCAAGAAGUCGAGCUGA